UGAUUAGUGAAUAAAAAAUUUUUUAUAACAGGAUAUAUAAAGUUUUAAAACAGAAGUGAAGCAAUGCAAGAUAUUUGCGAAGAUAUUCGAACGGCGAUAGAGCACGGUCGGACCGAUAUAAUAAGAUCGCUUUUAGGAGCAUGUGAAAAUGGAAACAACGGAGAUGGAGUGACCAAGGAUGAAAUUCUUAAUCAACCAUUCCUCGAAGAGGGAACUUUUUUAUCCUAUGCUUCGAAGAUUAAUCAAGUAGACGUUGUAAGAACAUUGCUGAGUUGCGGAGCAGAUCCAACAAUAAAAAAUGCACAUGGACAUAAUGCAGUGGAUUUAGCAGCAAGUGAAGUUAUUCGUUUGAUUUAUGUAGAAGAAUUAUUGCGAGCCACUGCUGCUUCCGAAGUCGAAAGAGUUGAGCAAUUAUUAGCAGCAGGAAUCAACGUUAAUUCUUGGGACUCUGAAGGAAGCAAAAAUACGCCUUUGCAUUGGGCAGCUUGUUAUGGCAAUAAAGAAAUAGUCGGAUGUCUUAUAGAUAGCGGAGCUGAUGUUAAUUCGGAAAACGGAUGUGGAGCUACGCCAUUACACGAUGCAGUAAAUCGUGGUGAUGUUGCUAUUUGUCAAGGAUUGUUGCAGGCUGGAGCUGAUCCUCAUAUCAGAGCUUUACAAGGAACUUUUGCUGGAAAAAGCCCAUACGAUUUGGCACGCAAUAAACCAGGGCUCCAACCGCUGAUGCAACGUUUUAUAUCGAAUUCGACCUCGAAAGAGAACGAUACGAUACACAGCGCAACUAUGGCAUUUACAGAUACAAAUUUUUGCCAAAAAAAUAUUUCUGCAAAUAUGAGCCAGUUGUCUAUAGACUCGACCAAAUCGACCGACCCGUUGUACGACGUAUCGAUACGUGAAUCGAGUGUCGAAAGCCCAGUGAGGUCUGUUCUCGAUAAGACAGGAAUUUACAAUCUCAUAUGGCCUGAGCCAAAAACGGUCCUCGAAUUGGGUCAUAUUUCACCACCAUUUAUAGCUGGCAAAGAACUAUUUAUAUCCAUUAUACAGGGUAGCGAAUCUAUACACGGAAUUUUGGAUGUAUGGGAAAUAAGCAGAACGCAUUUACUGGAGCUUGGUCACAACGUGAAAAUCGGUGAAGUACAACCAGGUUCGGGUCGAGCAAUAGGAGACAAUAGAAUCGAGUGCAUAGUGAAUAAAAAAUUAUUCAACAUAUCGGACGGUUACCAGCUUCACAUAUCGCAAAAUUCGAUAAAAGUCAGCGCCGGAAGUCUCGCUGGUUUGCACUACGCUGUUUGUACGUUCGUGCAAAUAUUGCGACUCAGCAAAAAUCCAGAUGCACCGGAAGUCUGCGAAAUCGAAGCUGUGAUGAUCAAAGAUGAACCACGUUUCAUGCAUCGGGCCGUACUUUUGGAUAUUUCACCAAGGGGCAGAAUCCCCACUUUGGAAUAUUUAUUACAUACCAUCGACCUUUGGUCUUCGUUCAAAAUAUCACAUUUACAUCUUUAUUCGCGGUUAACACCGAGUUGUGACUGGCAGCUUUGUUAUUCGAGAUCGGAAAUGGUUACGCUUGAUCGAUAUUGCAGGGAUCGUCAUUUAGACCUUGUGCCAGCCUUAGACGUAGAUUCGAAUGUGAGUCAACGUCACCUCGCCCAAAUGUGGCCAUUGUUUCAAGAAUUACUCGCAACAUUUCCCAGCCUGAGUUACGUCCACGUGGGCCCACGAUUAGCGAGCUUGCUCGUUCAACCUGACAACCUCGAUUUGAGUAUGAGCAUCAACGAGACUGUAGAGACGGACAUGUCCGAAGUUUUUAAAUCAUACUCGUGCUUGCAAGAAUUGUGGCAUAUUUUGAAUUUGAGCUCGGAUACAACGCUUUUACUUUGUUCCAAUGGUUUACAUUCCAAACCGGAAUUUCGUAGUGUUCCCAGCAACGUUAUACUGGUUGAGUACGGGUUUCAGGCGGAUUAUGAUUUUUCCGAAUGGACAGAAGCGUUCAAAGUCGCGGGUGGAAAUGUUCUUCCAAGUUCGGGUACAGCGAGUUACAAUAGUUUGGCCGGGUGUCCGGCAUCAACAUUCGCAAAUACGAAAAAUGCAGUUAAAACAGCAUUGGAGCAAGACUCCAUUGGAAUAGUUGUAGCUCAUUGGUCGGGAAGUCACCAUUUAACACCACAUCCGUUUUCUUGGGUCGGUUAUCUUAUCGGCGCUGGUUUAGCCUGGAAUCCCUCCACUGAAAUCGAUCUCGAUUUGUCUGAGAAUUACGACCUGUCGGAAGCUGCGUUAGCGACAAAACAGCACCAACGAUCCAUAACGAACAUUCUCAACAUUCACGUGUUCCAAGAUCCUGAAUAUAAAAUUGGAGCCGCAAUUCUGGAGCUUGGACGAGUCGAUACUCUCGUUUUGACAUUGAGUAAAAAUCAGGAUAUUAAGGAUUUGCAACAAAUACCUGAUAAUCGGGGAUCGACGCUUUACAGAUUACUUACCGAUUCGGAUAACGUUAAUCUCGAGUAUUUGUCUGCGGAUCUGUUUGCGAAAAUGACGAAGCAAAUAAAACGCGUAUCACACUCGUUGUACGAGUGCAACGUGACUUCAAAAUUCGGUUCAAUGGAAAUCCAGGAACUGCAACUGACGGCUGAUUUAAUGUUGACAGCGUGUAGAAUUGGACGAACGUUGAUUGGUGUCGGUGUUAAUCCAAAUAGCAAUAUGGGACUGGCGGUUAUUAAUUUAGGGGUUUGCAAUUUACCACCAACGUUUAGAACGGACAUAGCCAAUAAAAUGUUAGCUCAUAUCGAGCAGUACAAAGGCGCGUGGUUACAGAGACAUUUGCCUCAAGGUCUACAAAGCUCGCUGCUUGUAUUGACCGGUGCUUUGCAUCGAUUCGUUCCCGAGCAGUGAACUCUUUUCUUAUAAGACACAAAAAAAAAGACUAAUCUUCGAAUUCGCACGUACAGCUCUGACAAGUUCCUUGAGUGUGAAAAGAUUCGUUUUUUUCUUGAACAUUUUUUUUCCAACGCUAACAAUCUCGAUAUACGAAUUUUAAUGAAUCGAAUGAAAUUGUUCGAUCGUUGAUUCGCCAUUGUAUACAAUCCCCAAUCUCAAGCCGAUUCAAUCGGUUUUUGAAACUUCGAGUUAAAUCAUUCGAAUAAUGUUCAUAAUUGCAGGUAUUAAUUGUCAAAGACUGUUGCAUUAUAUUUAGUAAUAAAUACAGAUUAUUGUACCAUUAAUAAUA